AUGAAAAGUUAUUUUUAUGAUAAUGAAAGUGAUGUAAUUUCACUUGACUAUUUAAAAGAACACAAUGUAUUAUAUUUUCCAAUGGAUAGGGAAAAGGAAAAUUAUAAAGAACCUUUAGAGACCCUUUGUAAAGAAAGAGGUUACAAAAAUAGAGAUGAAGUUAAAUUAUCAAAAGAAACACCAGGUUUAGAAGAUAAAUUAAAAAUUUUCUUUGAAGAACACUUACAUGAUGAUGAAGAAAUUAGAUUCAUUUUAGAUGGUUGUGGUUUCUUUGAUAUUCGUGAUAAAAAUGAUAAAUGGGUUAAAAUUAAAGAAAAAAAAGGUGAUUUAAUUAUAGUUCCAGCAAAUAUGUAUCAUCGUUUUGCACUUGAUGAAAGUAGAAAUAUUCAUGCAAUGAGAUUAUUUACUGAUGCUCCAAAAUGGGUACCAAUUAAUAGAUAUUAA